AUGGCGCCAUCUAUUGCCCAAGCUCCCACUGCGGAAGUCGUUGUUCCUGUAAAGGCUGCCCCUGAAGCAGCUGAGACCAAAGCUAGAGUGAGAAGAAUCAUUGAUGAGGAAGGGGGAAACACCACUGCCAGUUAUCCAAACUACCUGCCUGUAUUUGACUAUGGCGAAAAAUACCCGCCUCUUGAACCUUUCACUCACGUUGAGCACGGAAAAGAUGCCGAUCCCUCCUUUAAAGACUUGCUCAUCGAGGGCUCUAAGAUCCAAAAAUUGACUCCAACCACCGGCUCCGAGGUUACAGGCGUUCAGCUAAGCAAGCUCAGUGCUGCCGGAAAAGAUCAGCUCGCUCUGCUUGUCGCGCAACGCAAAGUCGUCGCCUUCAGAGACCAGGAUCUCGCCGAUCUGCCAAUUCAAGAAGCCCUUGAUUUCGGAGGCUACUUUGGCCGCCAUCAUAUUCACCCGACCAGCGGAGCUCCGGAGGGAUAUCCUGAGAUUCAUCUCGUUCAUCGGAACAACAAUGCGUGGGAACUUGACGAAUAUCUCAAUACAAAGAACAGCAGUGUCGCAUGGCACUCCGAUGUCACAUAUGAGCAGCAGCCACCGGGAACCACGUUCUUAUAUGUUCUUGACAGCCCUGAAGUGGGUGGGGACACUGCUUUCGUCAACCAAGUUGAGGCUUAUAACCGACUUUCGCCAGCGCUCAAGGAGCGUCUUCACGGGUUGAAAGCUGUGCACUCCGGGUUUGAACAGGCCGAGUUUAGUCUGAAGCGUGGCGGCGUGGAUAGACGAGAGCCGGUGAAGAACGAGCACCCUCUUGUUCGAACCCACCCGGUGACUGGAGAGAAAGCGCUUUUCAUUAAUGGUGGAUUUACUCGCAGUAUUGUUGGACUCAAAAAGGAGGAGAGCGAUGCGCUUCUAGGUUUCCUACUGGCUCAUGUGGGUCGCGGCAUUGACUUUCAAGCUCGUAUUCGAUGGGCCCCAAAGACUGUUGUGGUCUGGGAUAACCGUGUCACGGCUCAUUCUGCGAUUGUUGACUGGACGACUGGUGAGCGUCGCCACUUGGCGCGCAUUACUCCACAGGCUGAGCGCCCUUAUGAGACACCAUACGUUCCAGAGGAGGGUGAAUCUAAGGCUUGA